AUGCUGUGCCAGCCUAUUGACGGGAGGUGUCGGGGUGCCAACAGCCUGCGAGGCCUCACUGGCACCAAAUCAAAGCAGAAACAAAAGCUGCCCGCAGACAAUCUGGCAAACCCAAGCACUUGGAGAACAGCCUCCUGUGAUGCGUUUGAGCGUUCCUCCGUCAUCGCUCCCUUUGUGUACUGGAGUGUGCCUCGGAGCCAGUCUGGCACUGACUGGCACUCUGAGUAA